AUGAGGCAUUGGCAAUAUGAGAUUGAAAUAGCUUUACAGAGAAAGAUGAUUUACGAAUUAAAACAGGGUCUUGAAGCAAAAGUUAAACUUUAUGAAGAUAAGUUUGGUCCUUUAGACAUUCCUCCAGCAGACAUCUCUAAGUCAGAUGUUGUUAACGAGAAUACCGAAUCUACAAAAGUAGAACAAAAG